UUACAAUUAAUGGAAAUAUUACACUUGGCAUUAUUAGUAGUAAUUUCUGUAAUUUGCUUUAAAAUUGGUUAAGGGGUUGGAUAGAAAGAGGUUGAAAAGCAAUAGUCUUAAUAUAUCUAAGUAGAUUGUUAAAUAAAGAUGUUUAGCUGCAAGAGAAUGAAUAAUUGAUAGAAGAUAUUGAUGAAGAUUUUACAAAAUAAGUAGAACAAUAAGAAUUAGAUUUAAAGGAAGCAAUUAAAAAGUUCAAUGAUAUAAAUUAAAGGGAUAAAUAGUUAUAGAAAUAAUUGAAUGAUUUAAAAAAUGUAUAAACCAAUAAUGCUAAACCUAAAGUUUAAUAACAUGGUAAAAAAUUCAUUAAAUUAUUUAGAAUUGUUAAGUGAUAAAGAUUUUGAUAAUUUAUUAGAUGAAGGUUUUGUUGUAGAUUAAGAAAUAAAUGAAACAUAAUUAGAUUAAGAUUUAAUUGAAGCUAGUAAAUGA